CCACCAACCACCAUGUCUCGCCGCAAGCAAGGCAAACCUCAGCACUUAAGCAAACGGGAUUUUUCGCCCGAGCCCCUGUCAGCCGUGGUCUCGGAGGAGAGGCAGGAACAGCGCGGGCUGGUACAGGUAGCUCCAGAGGGAGACCAGGACCUGCUCACCUGUGGCCAGUGUCAGAUGAACUUCCCUUUGGGAGACAUCCUUAUUUUCAUUGAGCACAAAAGGAAGCAGUGCAGUGGCACUUUGUGCAUGGACAAAGCAGUGGAUAAGCCCCCCUCGCCCUUGCAUGGUGAGCUGAGGAGAGCCUCCAACCCCGUGGAGGUGGGCGUCCAGGUCACGCCAGAGGACGAUGACUGCUUAUCGACGUCUUCUCGAGGAAUCUGUCCCAAACAGGAAAACAUUACAGCAUCUAAUAUUCCCUCUGCUUUUUGUUCCCUCUGUGUCGCAUAUGGAUUCUUCCUGCGUGCAGCCGAGCCCCUGUCAGCCGUGGUCUCGGAGGAGAGGCAGGAACAGCGCGGGCUGGUACAGGUAGCUCCAGAGGGAGACCAGGACCUGCUCACCUGUGGCCAGUGUCAGAUGAACUUCCCUUUGGGAGACAUCCUUAUUUUCAUUGAGCACAAAAGGAAGCAGUGCAGUGGCACUUUGUGCAUGGACAAAGCAGUGGAUAAGCCCCCCUCGCCCUUGCAUGGUGAGCUGAGGAGAGCCUCCAACCCCGUGGAGGUGGGCGUCCAGGUCACGCCAGAGGACGAUGACUGCUUAUCGACGUCUUCUCGAGGAAUCUGUCCCAAACAGGAAAACAUUACAGCUCUACCUCCUCAGACGUCUGCUACCACAAAUAUUGAACUGCUUUUCAAAUGAUCAUUUACUCAAUAAACCGGCAAUUGCCAUAAAAGCGUUUCCUCUUUAUGAAUUAACU